CCGCCGGGGCGCGCGCGCCGCCGCACGUGGCGACGGGGACCCCACGUGGGCGGCGGCCAUGGCGGGCUCUCCGGAGGCGGCGGAAGAGGCGGCGGCGCAGGGCCCGCAGCCCCCGGCGCGGGGUGGGAAGCGGGCGGCCCCCGCACCCGGGGACCCGCAGCCGGCCAAGCUGAGCCGCGCCGAGCUCUACAAGCCGCCGACCAGCGAGGAGCUGAGCCAGCUGAAGGAGACGGAGGAUCUGUUCCACUCCAGCCUGCUCCGCCUACAGAUUGAAGAGCUUCUGAAGGAGGUGACAUUGAAGGAGACGAAGAAGAAGAAGAUUGAUGCCUUCCUCCAUGAAAUUAACAGCCUGCUGAGCGCUCUCCCAGAGACCACAGAAACUGAACUCACCGACCAGGCCUGGCUUUCCAAGGAUGUGAAGGUCCCGUUCCUGCAAGUGCCAUUCAGUGUGAAGGGGAGGUUCCACUUUGUGCCCCCAGCCGAGCUGAAGGUGGUGGGCAGUUACCUGCUGGGCACCUGCGUUAAGCCGGAGAUCAAUGUGGACGUGGCAGUGAUCAUGCCUCGGGAAAUCUUCCAGGACAAAGAUAAUCUGAAUCAACGCUACCACCGGAAGAGAGCUCUGUACCUGUCCCACAUCGCCCAGCAUUUCUCCAAGGAGAAGCUCUUUGGCAGUGUGAAGUUUGCCUACAUGAACAGCAACCAUCUGAAACCCAUCCUGCUCCUGAGGCCUCAAGGCAAGGAUGAGAAGAUGGUCACUGUCCGACUCCAUGCCUGUCCUGAUGUGGGUCUCUUCAAACCCAGCCGCUUCCAUCCCAGCAAGAACAAUGUCCGCACCGCCUGGUUCAUGGAGCAGAGCACUCCCAAAGAAGGAGCCUCCGAGCCCCCGACCCCCCACUACAACAACUCCAUCCUCUGUGACACAGUGAUGCUCUCCCACCUGCAGUUCUUGUCUAAUGCAGCCACUGACUUCCCAGGCAUGAAGGAUGGCCUGGCCCUCCUCAAAGUUUGGCUGAACCAGCGGCAGCUCAGCAAGGGCCUGGGGUGCUUCAGUGGCUUCUUGGUCUCCAUGCUGGUUGCCUACCUGCUGAUGAAACGCAAGAUCGUCAAGAUGAUGAGUGGGUACCAGGUGUUGAGGAGCACUCUGCAAUUCCUGGCCACCACUGACUUGAGCAUGACAGGGAUCAGUCUAGCGAAGGAUGCGGAUCCCUCCCUGCCUGCCCUGGAUGACUUCCACCAGGCAUUUGAAGUGGUCUUUGUGGAUCCCUCUGGGCUGGUGAACCUCUGCGCUGAUAUGACUGCCAGCAAAUACCACCAGGUCCAGUUUGAAGCCAAGUGCUCCAUGGAAAUUUUGGAUGACCGGAUGGUGGACGGCUUUCAGGCACUGCUCAUGACUCCGAAGCCCAUGCUCAGAGCCUUUGACCACAUCUUCCACCUGAAGCAUGUCUCCAAGCUGCAGGGUACCUGCAAGAAGAUGCAGCUGCUGAAUGAGCUGAUGGAUCGGGGUGGGAACUACGUGGCUGCAGCCCUGCCCUUCAUUGUCUCGCUGCUGGCACGUGGUCUGUCCAAGAGAGCACUGCUUGUGGCUCACUCCUUGCCCCAGAUCCCUGAGUGGUCAAUUGAUGCUGAGCCCCCAAAACACAAGGAUGUUGGGUCCCUGACAUUUGGGCUCCUGUUUGUUCCCGAGUUUGCUGCCAGCACGCUGGAGAAGGGACCACAGGCUGAUCACCCCGAGGCCCUGGAGUUCCGGACCUUCUGGGGAGAGAAGUCAGAGCUGCGGCGGUUCCAGGAUGGCAGCAUCUGUGAGGCCGUGGUGUGGGAGGCCAGCACUGCCUGCCAGAAACGCCUCAUUCCUGAGCAGAUUGUCAGGCACCUGCUGAAGCUCCAUGCGGACAUUCCCGAAUCCUCUAUCUGCUACGCAGGAGCCCUGCUGGAAUCUGUGAUCAGGACUGGGCAAAAGGCGUCGGGGAUGGGCGAGGAGGCCAUGGUCAGUGUCGUCUGCUCCUACGACGACCUGAGCCGCAAGCUGUGGAACCUGAAGGAGCUGCCGCUGACGGUGACGGCUGUGCAGGGUGUCCACCCAGCCCUCCGGUACACGGAUGUCUUCCCUCCCAUUCCCAUGAAGCCGAUUUAUUCCUUCCAUAACCUAAUCAGAAUCAAGCACUUGCUGCUUCCUUCGAAAGAGAAGCCCUGCCCAGCCUACAUAACCCCUUUGAAGAUCAUCUGCCACAUGGAAGGCAGUGGCCAGUGGCCACAGGACAAGGAAGCCAUUAAGCGUAUCAAGGCAGCUUUCCACCUCCAGCUGGCUGAGCUCCUCCGGCAGCAGCACCAGCUGCUUUGCAGACCUGCAGCCACCCACACUGAUGUGUACAAGGAUGGCUACGUUUUCCGUCUCCAAGUAGCCUACCACCGGGAGCCCCUGAUCCUGAAGGAAGUGGUCACCCCUGAAGGGUUGUUGAAGUACCAGGACACAGAGGAAUCUCGUCAGCUGGAGUGGGAGACGUUGCAUUUGCCCUACCUAACCAGCUCUCUGCACGGGCUCCAGCAGCAGCACCCUGUCUAUGGCAGCACCUCCCGGCUGGCCAAGCGCUGGGUCAGUGCCCAGCUCCUGAGCGACAACAUCUCUGAGGAGUGUGUGGACCUUCUUGUGGCGUUUCUCUUCCUCCACCCAGCCCCUUUCACACCACCCAGCUCUCCCCAGGUGGGGUUCCUGCGCUUCCUCAACUUGCUGGCAACCUUUGACUGGAAAAACAACCCUCUGAUUGUCAACAUAAACACUGGCCUCACAGACACUGACUGCACAGAGAUCAGGAACAAGUUUGUGGCUGCUCGCUCUCGCCUCCCUGUCAUGUUCAUUGCCACCCCCAAGGACCAGUGGAGCUCCAUGUGGACCCAGGACCGACCCUCGGCACAGAUCCUGCAGCGCCUCGUCGUGCUCGCCUCAGAGUCUCUCCGUGCCCUGGAGGAGCAGCUCAUGGACCCACUCAACAGCCAGGAUGUGAAGAUGGUCUUCCGCCCUCCUUUGGACUUCUACGAUGUCCUAAUCCACCUGAAUCCAAAACAGAUUCCUCGGCAUCUGGAGAACGUGGACCGGCCGCCAAAAUCCUUUUGCCGUGGUGUGGUGAAGAACAGCAGUGCCUUGAAUAUCCUCUUUCCUGUGGUGGAUUAUGACCCUGUGCAGUGCUACCUCCAGGAGCUGAGACUCUUCGGCUGUGGCUCCGUUGCGCAGAUCGUGCUCAGCAGAGGGUCUCAUGGAAGUUUCCUGACUGUCAACCUGGCCUUCGGCUUUGCUGUGACACUUGGCAUUCUGAUUGCAGGACAGAUAUCAGGUGGACACCUGAACCCAGCUGUCACUUUUGCCAUGUGCUUCUUGGCCCGGGAGCCCUGGAUCAAGCUGCCAAUUUAUGCCCUUGCACAAACCCUGGGGGCUUUCCUUGGAGCUGGCAUAGUCUUUGGGCUGUACUACGAUGCCAUCUGGGCUUUUGGCUUUAACCAGCUGUACACAACAGGAGUGAAUGGCACUGCUGGUAUCUUUGCCACCUACCCAUCUGAGCAUCUGAAUGUUGUGAAUGGAUUCUUUGACCAGUUCAUUGGCACCGCCUCCCUCAUUGUCUGUGUCUUGGCUAUUGUUGAUCCCUUCAACAACCCCGUCCCCACAGGGCUGGAGGCUUUCACAGUUGGCUUUGUUGUCCUUGUUAUUGGAACCUCCAUGGGCUUCAACUCUGGCUAUGCUGUCAACCCUGCCAGGGACUUUGGGCCUCGUCUCUUCACAGCCAUCGCUGGCUGGGGUACGGAGGUGUUCGGGGCUUGCAACCAUUGGUGGUGGGUUCCAGUUGUUGCUCCUUUCCUUGGGGCAAUUGCAGGAGUGAUAGUCUACCAGCUGAUGAUUGGAUGUCACGAUGAGCCUUCACCACCUGCCUCUGAGCAGGAAACAGUCAAGCUGGCUAACGUGAAGCACAAGGAGAGGGUCUGAGGAAGCUGCCACCCUGAUCUGGCAGGUAUUCAUUACUCAGGACUGCAAUUGGCAAAGAGGAGGAGAAGAUAAGAAGAGCUUCAAGAACAACAGCAAGAGUUUUUUACCUGUCUUGAGAUAUUCUAGUAUUUU